AUGUUUAUACCUUCUCACGCCGAAAAGGAGCGUGUGUACCGCGACGAGGCUUGCAGACACGUUUUUACUCAGUUCGACAAUUCAGCGCUGCGCAAGCGGAGGAAGAUCAAAGAAGUUGUCGCGUUCAAAAACUUAUUUGUUUCUGGUCUUUCGCAGCCGCAGCUUAUUGAGACGAUACAUUCCUUGUUGAAAGACGGGAUAUUUCAGUGGAAUAGCACAGUCAGCGCCCAAGUGAUAUUUCCCCAACUCUUCGCUCCACAGAUUUCGAAUCUUCAACAAACAAACGACCAUACUUUUCGAAACGCAGUCCCUGUGGACAUGUCUGUAAACGCUGGACUACAAAAGGAGCUUCUCAUUUCUAUGGAAUGGCUCUUGUUAACUGGCACCUACUCAGACCUCAUCAUCUCUGCUGGGAGGCAAUAUAAUUUGCACAAAUCCGUCAUUUGUCCACGCUCAUCGGCUUUGAAGUUAGCCUGCAAGCACAACAAGACACCUACACCUACUAUUGACUUGAAAGAAGAAGAUGAUGAAGCCGUUGACCGCCUCAUUCAAUAUUUCUACCGUCUUAACUAUGAUACUCACAGCUCCGUACCGAUUGAUGCUGAAUCGUCCAUCGCUCCCGUGCCUCCUUUUAGCCGAAUCGAAGAAUCUGAAAAUGCUAAACCAUCUGAUCUCCUGCUUCAUGUUAGAGUCUAUGCCCUUGCAGAAAAAUAUGUAAUUGGGGGUCUCAAGGUCUUGGCACUAGAGAAGUUUAAUGCAGCUGUUUCGCGCCACUGGGAUACCGACAAUUUCCAUGAAGCAAUCGAGGAAGCUUAUUCUUCGACAAUAGAGAGCGAUAGGGGAAUUCGAGAUGCAAUUAUCAACGCUCUUUAUGAUCAUAGGCAGCGUUUGAUUGCUAAAGACUGUAUACAAACCGUAUUGAAACAAGUUAACUCAAUGGCUUUUGAAUAUAUCAUUAUUAGUUGCAGCUCCAUUUUGACGGCAGGAAUCGAUUGGGAUGUAAAACGGAAGCGAGCGGCGCGGCAGAACGCUUCCUCUAUACAGCGCGAUAAAGCGCAUACCAGCUUCUACAACCCAGUCCCGUCUCUGCAACCGGCAAACAUACUUAGUGAUCUAUAUUCGCCGGUCAAUCCUGCUGGUAUACUGCAAGCAAACGAAGGAGACAUAAAGGAUACGGAAGAGCCAGCUGCCUUGGACGCUGGAACUCCCGCAGAUGCCAACAGCCCAAAUGUGGAUGAGGCCUUUAUUCCUGACGCAGGCUUAGAAUCCUUACCCCAGCCCGGGGACGAUGAACUAGACGCGGCCGGGCAUCUUGCGCGAGAAAUGGGAGAGCAACUCCUUAAGUUUCGGGGAUGUUGCAGCGACUGCUACCGAGCAGCAGACCAACGCCGCUUGGAAAGCCCAAAUGAACAGAUCAGCCUUGACCAGUAUUUGGAGUCUACAACAGGAUUGGGCGCUGAUGUCCAUGGCAGCAAGACCAUUGCGAGCCAGAAAGAUGACCUGGCCGGGCAAGUAACCCUGAAUCUAGAAGGAAGAUCUUCUGUUGCCUCGAAUCUGAAGUUGAGAUACCUUGCAUCUCUCUCGCGGCAUCCGUUGGCCUCCCACCAGGAUGACUUUCCCAGACUCCAGUGCGAUCUGCACCUUCGGCCAAUCCAGGUGACAUACAAUGACCAGAAUGGAAUUUGGCGUCAAAUCUGCCGGCGCGUGCACCAAGUACCUCAUGAUACGUUCGGCCGCAUCAUUGGCUUUGAGGACAUAUCCUUGUACUUUCUCUUCCCUGGGCUAUACCGAGCCGAACAGAAGAGCAGCAAGCUUCGCGACGAAGACUUCCAACUGUGGAUGGACGAUAUCCUGCUGCCAUUGAUUUACCAAAGCUACAGCAGCGCACAAGUCCAGCACUACCCGUCAAACCAGACCGCAGCCGGUAUAACUCUGCCGCCCAUGGCGUGA